UCUCUGCCAGACCCGCUUACAGGGGCUGAUUACUGUGCGUAGCUCCUAAGUGCGUGAAUCUGUGUGUGUGUGUGUGUGUGUGUGUUAGUAUGUGUACGCAUUUUGAAGGAGGCUUAAAAUCUCCCCCACCCUCCCCUUAGUUGGAUCUGACGGUCUUGCAUCUGGCUGCUGCUUCAAGCGUUUACCUGUGUGCCUGUGUGUGUCUGUGUGUGUGUGAGAGAGAGAGAGGUGGGAGGAGUAACCUGAAGCAGUGAUCAGUCAGUCAGUCUGCCUGUGUGUAUGAAUGUGUGUGCGCUCAAGAUGGGGGUGUGACUGUGCACAUAGUAAUGGGAACGCUACUCUUCAGUGACGGAAUGGAAGGCUAGCGGUUAGCAGCCAGCACUACCUGCUGCUGCUAUCGGUGCAGUAGCCCAAGGAAAGCGGUCAGUCGUGGGAGGAAGUAGUGACCUGGUGGGGACGUGCACGACAGGAUGUCUCUCAAUCGAGUGUCCCUUCUCUGCCAGGACAUCACCAGGAUGUGGCUGCAGCUCAGAAUGAUGACAGAUGAGAUCAUGCAGCAGGAUAGCAGCCCCCUGUGUGCCGCAGACAUCGGCGUGGACCUCAGGAAGCAGUUCGCCUUCCUGUCAGGUGGCCGAGGGGAGAAUGGCAGCCCCAUCAUCAUCUUCCCAGAGUUCCCAACGUUCGGGGAUCUGCAGGAACAAGAGUUCCAUAACGUCCUCACCUACUUGACCAGUGUUCCCAGCCUCUCGGCAGCGGCAGUGGGGUUCAUCUUGGUCAUCGACCGGCGCCAGGACCGGUGGUCGUCAGUGAAGGGGACCCUAUUACGCAUCGCGGGUGCUUUCCCAGGAAACCUGCAGCUUGUCUUGGUAUUGAGGCCAACUACUCUUCUACAGAGGACACUCUCCGACAUCUUCUUUAAGUUCAGCAAAGAUGAGUUCAAAAUGAAGGUGCCGGUUAUAAUGCUCAGCUCGGUCACUGAGCUACACAGCUACAUUGAUCGGACCCAGCUGACCCAGGAGCUGGGUGGGACACAAGAGUACUGUCAUGAGAAGUGGAUCUCCCAUCGGACGGCCAUAGAGGGCUUUGCGUUGAUGGUGAAGAAGACUGCCCAGAUGCUGCAGUCGUUUGGCACAGAGCUGGCCGAAACGGAGCUGCCCAACGACGUGCAGGCCACCGCCAACCUGCUCGGCACACACACCAACAAGAAAGACAAGAUGAAGGAGGACCUAAAGAUCGCCUUGUCCCAGGGCGGACGCCUCCUAGAGAGCAUCAACGAACCACUGGUCAACGACGCCGACUACACGAUGAACCAGGACGAGAUGGAGAAUCUGGCCACUGUGCAGAGGCUGCUGGGUCAGCUGGAUGAGACCGAGACGGCGUUUGAUGACUUCUGGGAACGGCACUCCACCAAGCUGCAGCAGUGCCUACAGCUGCGACACUUCGAGCACAAUUACAGAGAGAUUCGCUCCCAGCUGGACCUGGUGGGAGAAAGACUGGCGAACUUCUCGGAGGUGGGCAUAAGCCCCGCCCAUGCUGAACACAUCCAUAAAGAGCUCACGUGCCACGAAGAGCGCACCUGUGAGGUGCUGGACCGUGCGUUGGCCCUGGCCUCUGAAGGAGACCAGCUGAUCGAGAGCUCCCACUACGCGGUGGACUCCAUCCUGCCCAAGUGCUCGGAGCUGCGCUCCAUCAGCGAGGAGAUCGGCUCCGUCAUGAGGGCCAAGAAGACCCAUCUCCUCAAGGCCCUAGAGCUGCACCAGAGUCUGGAGAAGGCCGCUAGGUGGUGUGACAGUGGCAUCUACCUGCUGGCCUCUCAGCCGGUGGACAAAUGUCAGUCGCAGGACGGCGCCGAGUCGGCGCUGCAGGAGCUGGAGCGCUACCUGGAGACGGCCAAUCAGCACAAGCUGACCGACCCCGCCUCCAUCUGGAGGGACUACGAGAGUGUGCUCAACGCGGAGUUCAGGGAGCAGGUGGAGAAGGUCCUGCAGAAGCAGGUGUCCAUGCAGGAGAUGUUCGAUAAGCGGCGGGUCAGCCUGAAGAAGCUGGCCGCCAAGCAGACGCGACCUGUACAGCCGGUGGCCCCAAGGCCCGAGGCCUCCCCCAAAUCCCCCAUGUCCUCUCCAGCUCACAGAAGCCAGGAGAAGAACAGCUCUGGAGAAAUCCUGAGUGGUUGCAAGAAGGGGGACCCCAGCCUGCCCAAUGGGACCAACAGCAGACCCCCGUCUCUGUCCGAGGAGGAGGAGAACCUCGCCGUGCUCAGGAGGCAUGUGAUGAACGAGCUGCUAGAGACGGAGAGGGCAUACGUGGAGGAGCUGCUGUGUGUCCUACAGGGCUAUGCCGCGGAGAUGGACAGCCCAGCCAUGGCUCAUCUGAUGCCCAAUACGCUGGUCAAUAAGAAGGACAUCCUGUUUGGCAACAUGCAUGAGAUCUACCAAUUUCACAAACGGACGUUUCUUCGAGAGUUGGAGGCGUACACAGACUGCCCUGAACUUGUGGGCCGCUGCUUCCUGGAGAGAAUGGCGGAUUUGCAGAUCUAUGAGAAGUACUGCCAGAACAAACCCCGUUCUGAGAGCCUGUGGAGGCAAUGCUCUGACUGCACCUUCUUCCAGGAAUGCCAAAAGAAGCUGGAGCACAAGCUGGGCUUGGACUCGUACCUGCUGAAGCCAGUGCAGAGGAUCACAAAAUACCAGCUCUUACUGAAGGAGAUGCUGAAAUACAGCAAAGGCUGCGAGGGCUCCGAGGACCUGCAGGAGGCGCUCUCGUCCAUCCUGGGCAUCCUGAAGGCUGUUAACGACUCCAUGCACCUCAUUGCCAUCACCGGUUAUGAGGGCAACCUCAGUGACCUGGGCAAGCUGAUGAUGCAAGGCUCCUUCAGCGUGUGGACAGAGCACAAGAAGGGCCAUGCCAAGGUGAAGGACCUGGCGCGCUUCAAGCCCAUGCAGAGGCACCUGUUCCUGCACGAGAAGGCCCUGCUCUUCUGCAAGAGACGGGAGGAGAACGGGGAGGGCUACGAGAAAGCCCCCUCCUACAGCUUCAAGCACUCGCUCAAUAUGAGUGCGGUGGGGAUCACCGAGAAUGCCAAAGGAGACCAGAAGAAGUUUGAGAUCUGGUGCAACUCCAGAGAGGAGGUCUACAUUGUGCAGGCUCCAACGGCAGAGAUCAAAACAACAUGGGUUAAUGAGAUCCGAAAAGUUCUAACAGAGCAGCUGAGGGCCUGCAGAGGCCUAUCUCUCCGUUCCCUCGCUGCGUCAGAUGCAAGACAGCAGAAGCCUUCAGAACCAGCGUCUCCUUCGCCUGCGGUCAGCAACGGAUCUAUCAGUCUGAGCCCUUUCAGGAGCAGUCAAAAGAGCUUCAAGAAAGCUGAGGAGAAGAAGGCGGAGCCUGGCGCGGCCGAGUCUGGUUCCCCUAAGGCCACAGACAAGGCUAAAGAGGACACGGUCACCAGUCCCACUACAGAUCGAGCUGCGGCAGCAAAAAAACGCUUUACGCUGCAGGGAUUCAGCAACCUCAAGAGCCAGAAAGACCUGCUAUCUUCACAAGAGGGGAGAAGUCAGACCCUCCCCAUGGCCAUUCUCUGCCCACCAGGAUCUCCCCCUAGUCCUGACCACAAAACCAAACGGCAUGAGAUUAAGAGUGACCCAACUCCAUUUGGCUUUAGAGACACAGGUCCUCCCAUAGGCCUGAGCCGAGUGCGGUGGCUGAGUACGUCCAGCCUCCUACAGGCCAAGCGGCGAGGCUGGACGAAGGCGUCCCUCUCCAUGGAUGCCUCGGAGGAGCAUGAUGGGUACUCAAGUGCUGAGGACCCCUUGAACUCUGACCCCGAGGAUGAGGGGGUCAAGAAACUUGCCCCAGGCAAGUACGUGGUGGUGGCCGACUAUGAGAAAGACCUGUGUGUGAAGAGUGGCGACACGGUCCAGCUGGUGAAGGAGGGAGAUGAUGGACAGUGGUUUGUCAAAAACCUCAAGACCAACAAAGAAGGCUGGGUACCGGCUGCUAACCUCCUUACAUUAAUAGGAGAGUCAAAAUCCACACAAUCUCUCACGAGCUCAGAGGGAAGUGGUUCGGGGAAUCUGAGUACAUCCUCUAGCUGCAGUGAGACCUACACAAGCUUCUCUGACAUCAAGCCCUGAGGCCUGCUGAGAGCCUGCACUGCAGCGCCCUCCUCUGGCCUCUCGUAUGUGUGCAGCAUUUCUCUGCUGUGACUGCUGAGCUUUUCGCAGUAGUGGAGUUGCAGAAUAUUAUUUCCUGGUGCAGUGGGUCGUCCUCAGCUGUUCUCGGUGUGACUGGAUCACUCUGAGUUCACAACUCACCCUCUCUUGGACUCUUAGAGAGAG